AUGGUAGAAUUACUAAAAGUGCUAACCUUUUUUCAUGAUAAAUCACUACCAUUUUUGAUAAAUACUAUAGCGUUAAUUGUUGCAAUUGUCAGUAGAUCCAAGCUAGUACGGAUACUUUCAAUUAUUUCUGUUUGUCAUUUAACCAUUUAUGUGUAUUUUCAGGGAUUUUUUCGGGAUUUUUUUUUGCAUCAACCAGAGUAUUUACUGAUUAUAGAUGCAUAUAAUAUCGACUCAUGUACAGUGCCUGUUCUUGAAAUAUUGACGAAGUCAUAUAUACCCGGUGGUUCUAAUGCAUUUAGGGACGACGAAGAUGAAGAGUACAUAGAAUUGUCUAAUUAUGGGUAUUGCAGUCUCUGCAACGAGUUUGACCCACGGUUACUACCAGCAUUAUGGUUAUCUUAUCUCUCGCAUAAAUUAAAACAAGACAGUUUCAAAAAUGUUGAUGAACUACAGAUUCCUUUUACUUGGAAUACAUUUCUUGAUUUGCAGUCGAGACUUAAUAUUCCACGCACGUCACUAAUAAACCUUGAUUGUGGUGCAUUCUACGACCUUCAUGAACUCAAUGGGACCCGAUUUUUAGAAAGUUGUCAGGACUUAGAAAAUGAAACCAAAGGUAAUAUUCAGUUUAAAAUAGUUAAACCCGUAGACUUAUCUGCAUCUGAGGAAGUAAGGAAGAUUAUAGGAUCUUCAUACUUAUUGCAUUCGGCGCCUCCUCCUGAGAAAGUAUUUUUGCUUGGGGUAGGACCAAAUAGAAGUGGCCUUAUAGUUCCUACAUAUUCAUUGAGGGAGCAACCUUUUUAUGGAAAGAGUGAUUUGUUUUAUUUCAUAAAAAGCCUUGUAAUCCCUCUAAGCGGCACUAUUGAUGAGAGUAUAAGCAUAUGCGAAGAAGCCGAUAAGCUUAUAGAAUUACUAUCUCUGCCUAUUGCUAAUGUCUCAGUUAUUCCAGAUGAAGAAUUAACUCAUGAUAUAUUUCGACUUAUUGGAUGUGGUGAUACUCACUCGAAGAGACUAUCGAAGGACGAUUUUUUCUUCCAUUUAGCAGAGUUUAAAAGUCAACUCAAAGAAAAAUUAGUACGAUCUUGGAACACUUUUGAUGCAAAAUUAUUAUCACAGAUCAAUACGAUCAAUUCAACGCAGAAAAAAUAUUUUCAUGAAGCUACGGUUCUUGGAGAAAAGGACAAUCAUUAUGAUUGGCGAUUUUUUAAGCAAUUGCAUUAUUCCCAAUAUGAGAGAAAAGCUAUAUUACAUCGAUUAACCCGAGCAUGGUUGCGAUUCUCCAACACGUUAGGUAUCAAAACUUGGAUUGCCCAUGGUUCUAUGUUGGGCUGGUAUUGGAAUGGCAUGAAUUUACCCUGGGAUCAAGAUCUAGAUGUACAAAUAACUAUGAAAUCGUUGAUAACAAUAGUAAAAUAUUACAAUAAUACUUUAGUACUUGAUCUAACUGAUCAUGAUUAUAAUUUAAACCUAGGUGUCGGCUCCUAUUUAUUGGAUGUUAGUUCCAUGUACUUCGAUAGACAAAAGGGCGACGGUGAAAAUACAAUAGACGCAAGAUUUAUUGAUACAGAAACUGGAUUUUAUGUUGAUAUCACUGCACUAGCAUUCACAAAUACAGCUAAUGAUAUCCCAAUAAACGAUACGGCAUUUUCCGAGUUUAAUCAGGUCUUAGACAGUGAUUUUGUUAUGAAAGAUGCCUCACACACAGUUCUGAAAGAUGAUCUUUAUAAGGAUUUGUCUCUCAAAAAAGCAGAGCUUUGGAAUCAUCAGAAUAUUUUCAACUGUAAAGAUAACCAUUUUUACACACUUGAAAAUUUAGAUCCUUUAAUUCCUACACUAUUCGAAGGGUCUAUAGCUUAUGUACCAAGAGCAUUUAGACAAAUCUUGCAGAGAGAAUACAAUCGUGGAUUGCUCUACUAUCAGUAUGCUGAACAUAUUUUCAGGCCGGUAUUUGAUUUAUGGGUGCCAAAUUAUAUAUGCAAAAAUGACUAUAUUGGAAACAAGUGUUUCGAUAAGGAAACUCUAUUAGAAGUGGAUUAUACUAAACCCUUAACAAGAAUACAUAGGACAGAAAUGCUGAGCCAAAAUCGUGGAUCGUAUAGCGUAAAUGACGAGCUAGGGCCUUUUAGAUUGGAUCCUUGGAUUAUCAAAAGAGGGAACAAAAUUAAGCGACGUCUUGAUUCUCAAUAA